AGCUACAAUGAUCUUCCUGCGCAUCUGAAAACUUGCUUGUUGUAUUUGAGCAUAUUCCCUGAGAGUUAUGUGUUUCAAAAAUAUCGUUUGGUGAAAAAAUGGACAGCAGAAGGAAUUGUUACCCAGAAGACUAAGUUGAUCCGGUCAUCAAAUAAAAAAGAGGCUAAGCUGAGCCAGGAGCUUAGUCUAGAGGAAACAGCAAGCCAGUACUUGGAUGAGCUCGUCAAUAGGAGUAUUAUUCACCCCCUGGAAUGCAACAACAAUGGUGAGGUGAUAAGCUACCAUAUCCACCCUAUGAUGUUCGGUGUCCUUAAAGGCAUAGCUAUAGAAGAGAAGUUUGCUGCUUCACUUGAUGACAAAGAUAUUUCAAGGGCAGAUCCUAUGAACUUCCCUCGCCUCUCUAUUGACUGUCCAGAUUCAGAAAAUCUAAUUGGUCUGUCAAGUAUGAACUUUGAUAAUGGCGUUCAUUCCUUAACUGUUUUUGGUCAUGCAAACCAAUUUCUGCUUAAGCACUUUAAAGGUACACGAGUUUUGGAUUUAGAAGACUGCAAGAGCAUUGAGAGAUCUGAUGUUGAGUACAUAUGCAAUAUGGUUCUGCUGAAGCAAUUGUGCCUUGCAAAGACAGAUAUCACAGAGCUACCACCACAAAUAGGUAACCUACAGCAUUUGGAGGGGCUUGAUGUAGGAGGGACUCAAAUCACCGAGCUCCCAACACAAAUUGGAAAGUUGAAGCGUCUAAGGACUCUAGAUGCAAGGAAGUCACAAGUCAAGGAUUUAUCCCAUCAAGUUGUCUUGCUCACAGGGCUGGUCCAUCUGCUUAUUGGUGACAGUGAAUCCUGUGAAGGAGUGAAGUUACCUGAUGGAAUUGGGAAUAUGACAUCACUGCAGCAGCUGUGCACCAUUGAUUUGAGGAAAUGUUCGACAUCCUCUCUGAAGGACCUUGGUACGCUCCCUGAUCUAACAGAGCUUGGGGUAGUGUCAAGUGAUGAGCCAAAAGACAUGAAACUGAAUGAUGCACUGUUGUCUUGCCUCGACAAGUCCACCAAGCUGAGAUCCCUAGUGGUUUAUGGUGAUUUCAGAUUGAGCACACUGCAGUCAUACUCACCAUACAAAUAUCUCAACUGUCGGAAGAAACUUACUGUGGGAAAAUCUUUGAAGGUUCCGAUUGGUUUUGCAGGGCAAAGCCUCCUUGUUAUGCUUGAUAUCAGGGUCUGCAAGCUGGAGGAGGAUGAUCUGAAGAUACUCCAGGAGCUGCCUAGAUUGCAGAGCCUCAUUGUGCGGCUUGAAGUCCUCCCAACAAAAAUGAUACGAAUUAGCUGUGAGGGGUUUGCAAAACUUGAGCGUUUCUGUGUUGAUUGCCAAAUGCCUAGGGUGAUCUUUGAGGAAGGAGCCAUGCCAAAGCUGGAACAUCUUGAGCUCAAGAUUUACGGUGGAUCAACCAGCGAAGAACAUAUGGGUAUCAUGCACCUCCUAAACCUUCAAAUGGUUACUCUCCGGUACUCCAAAUGGCAUGCAACCAAUAAGGGCGUCAGGGAGACAACCGAUGCCAUGAAAACUUUGGCUAGGGAGCAAAAGAAUAAGUUCACUCUCUUCAUUGCUGAAGAGGACAAAGAUGCUAGUUCCAGUAGGAGAACUGAGAUUGAAGAAGAGGGGUUCAAGCUUUAUGAUGCUGUUGCUAAUCCUGCAGCCAUGGCGAGUACGGAUCCAGCUGGGAAUGAUCUUGUUGGCAUUGAUGGGAAACAAGAGAAAGAGCUCAUGAAGUUACUGUCAGAUGGGGACAAUGUGACCAAUAAAAAGCUGGAGGUAGUCUCUGUUGUUGGAUUUGCAGGAUUGGGUAAAACCGCUCUCGUCAAAACAGUGUAUGAAAAGAUAAAAGGGGAUUUCGACUGCACGGCUUUUGUUUUAGCCGGUCAGAAUCCUGAUUUGAGGACAGUUCUCAGGAAUGUCAUCUCACAGCUCACCAUGAACAGCAGUAAUAGCAGUAGAAAGGAUGAACAAGAGCUCGUCAAUUUAAUUAGCGAAAUCCUAGAGAACAAGAGGUAUCUCAUCGUGAUAGAUGACAUAUGGGAUGAACAAAUGUGGACAAUUAUCCGUUGUGCUUUAUCUAACAAGAACAAUCUUGGCAGCCGAAUAAUCACUACAACCCGCAUAGUCAGUGUAUCUAAAGCAUGUCUCCUGCAUGCUAAUGGUUCAGUUUAUCAAAUGGAACCUUUGUCUGAUGAUAACUCCAAGAAACUCCUCUAUCAUAGAAUAUUUGGUUCUGUAAGUAGAGGUCCUCAUGAAUUUGAACAAGUAUCUAUUGACAUCUUGAAGAAAUGUGGUGGGGUGCCUCUAGCCAUCAUCACUAUGGCUUCUGUUUUGGCUGGUGACCCGCAGCCGAAAACAAAGGAUGAAUGGCAUGCCUUGCUCAAGUCUAUUGGUCGUGGACAUGAAGAAAAUAUAGGAUGGAAGGAUAUGCAGAGGACACUGUCCUAUAGCUACUAUGAUCUUCCUGCGCAUCUGAAGACUUGCUUGUUGUAUUUGAGCAUAUUCCCUGUGAGUCACCCGAUUGAAAAGCAACGUUUUCUGAAAAAGAUGAUAGCGGAAGGGAUUGUUACCCAGGAUACGUUUAUGAGUCAGAAGUUUAGUCUAGAGGAACUAGCAAUCCAGUACUUGGAUGAGCUCCUCAAUAGGAAUGUUAUUCAUCUGCUGGAAUGCAACAGCAAUGGUAUGGUAAUAACCUACCAUAUCCACCCUAUGAUGCACGACACCCUUAAAGCAAUAGCGAUAGAACAAAAGUUUGCUGCUUCAUUUGAUGCCAAAGAUAUUUCAAGGGCACAUCGUAUGAACUUCCGCCACCUCUCUAUUGACUCUCUGGAUUCAGAAAAUCUGUUUGAACUUUCAAGUAUGGCCUUUGAUUGUGAUGUUCAGUCCUUAACUGUUUUUGGUGAUGCAAACCAACUUAUGCUCAGGCACUUUAAAGUUAGGCGAGUUUUAGAUUUAGAAGGCUGCAAGAGCAUUGUGAGAGCAGAUGUGAAGUACAUAUGCAGGAUGGUCCUGCUGAAGCAGUUGUGUCUUGCAAACACAGAUAUCACAGAGCUCCCACCAGAAAUAGGUAACCUACGGCAUUUGGAAGGGCUUGAUGUAGGAGGUACUCAAAUCACCCAGCUUCCAAUACAAAUUGGCAAGUUAAAGCAUCUCAGGACUCUAGAUGCAAGGAAGUCACAAGUCAAGGAUUUACCCCAUCAAGUUGUCCGGCUCACAAGAUUGGUCCAGCUUCUUAUUGGUGAUAUUGAAUCCAAUGAAGGAGUGAAGUUACCUGAUGGAAUUGGGAAGAUGACAUCACUGCAGCAGCUGUGCACCAUUGAUUUGAGAAAAUGUUCGACAUCCUCUCUGAAUGAGCUUGGUGAGCUCUCAAAUCUGAGAGAGAUUGCAGUAGUGUCGAGCGAUGAGCCGGAAGACACAAGAAUGACCAACGCACUAUUGUCUUCCUUCGACAAGUCGGCCAAGCUGAGAUCUCUGGUGUUUUAUACUGAUUUCAGACCAAGCACACUACAAUUGUCAUCGCCAUAUAAAUAUCUCAACAGCCUUGAGAAACUUACUGUGGUAAGGUCCUUGAAGGUUCCUAUUGGUUUCACAGGGCAAUACUUUUUUCGUGUGCUUGAUAUCAGGGUCUGCAAGCUGGAGGAGGAUGAUCUGAAGAUACUCCAGGAGCUGCCUAGAUUGCAGAGUCUCAUUUUGCGGCUUGAAGUCCUCCCAACAACAAUGGUACGGAUCAGCUGUGAGGGGUUUGCAGAACUUGAGAGUUUGUAUGUUGAUUGCGGAAUGCCUAGGAUGACAUUUGAGGAAGGAGCUAUGCCAAAUCUGGAAGAUCUUGGACUACAGCUUUACGCUGGAUCAGCUAGUGAAGAACAUAUGGGCAUCAAGCACCUCCUAAACCUUCGAAAGAUUACUCUCCGGUACUCCAAAUGGUAUGCAACCAACAAGGGCGUCGAGGAGAUAACUGAAGCCGUGAAAACUGAGGCUAAGGAGCACCGGAAACAGAUCACUCUCUGCAUCGAAGAAGAGGAGAUAAAUGGUAUCUGCAACACGAAGACUGAGACUUUUGAAGAAAACAGAGUUACAAGUUGCAGUAGGAUGACUGAGAUUAAAGAAGAAGAUGGGCAUGCCGACUGGACUGCUAUCUUCGACGGCGAUGGCACACACGAGGGAGGCCUUCAUCCGAGCAUCCACGAUAUUGCUAGCUGCAGCAGGACCAAGGAGAUCGAAGAAGUUGCAGAGUAGCUCAAACCCGGUCUUAAUAUUUAUCAUUACUCUCUCAUUGCUGCAGCAGUGCAGUAUCAUCCAGGUUGUGUAAUAAUUUCUUCGAACAGUCGCACGUUUUUUCCCAACCAUUUGCAGACGA